GACUGUCAACAACACCUUCGGUUCCUUUUUACCAUUCAUAGCAUAGCAGCUUAGUCCAACUCCACACCCACAACCAUUGGCUGUUUCUGAUCAUCCGAAAAAGAAUGGUGACCGUGGAAGAAGUUCGUAAGGCUCAACGUGCCCAAGGCCCUGCCACCGUGUUGGCCAUCGGCACAUCAACCCCGCCUAAUUGUGUUGAUCAGAGCACAUACCCUGACUACUAUUUCCGUAUCACAAAUAGUGAGCACAAGACCGAGUUGAAAGAGAAGUUCAAGCGCAUGUGUGAAAAAUCGAUGAUCAAGAAGCGAUACAUGUACCUUACAGAAGAGAUUUUGAAUGAGAAUCCCAAUGUAUGUGAAUACAUGGCUCCUUCACUGGAUGCUAGGCAAGAUAUGGUGGUAGUUGAGGUGCCAAAGCUAGGCAAAGAAGCAGCCACCAAGGCCAUUAAGGAGUGGGGCCAGCCCAAGUCCAAGAUCACCCACCUUGUCUUUUGCACCACUAGUGGUGUGGACAUGCCUGGGGCUGACUACCAGCUCACCAAGCUUUUGGGCCUCCGCCCCUCCGUUAAGCGCCUCAUGAUGUACCAACAAGGUUGCUUCGCAGGGGGGACGGUGCUCCGAGUGGCUAAGGACUUAGCUGAGAACAACAAAGGUGCUCGUGUACUUGUUGUGUGCUCGGAGAUUACUGCUGUUACCUUCCGUGGACCUAGUGACACUCACCUAGACAGUCUAGUGGGCCAAGCAUUGUUUGGUGAUGGUGCCGCAGCUGUUAUAAUCGGGGCAGACCCCAUGCCCGAAAUCGAGAAGCCCAUGUUUGAACUAGUCUCAGUAGCCCAAACGAUCUUGCCAGAUAGUGAUGGUGCAAUUGAUGGUCACCUUCGUGAAGUUGGGCUUACAUUUCACCUUCUUAAGGAUGUUCCGGGGCUUAUUUCGAAGAAUAUAGAGAAGAGCCUGGUAGAAGCAUUUCAACCAUUGGGCAUAUCCGAUUGGAACUCCCUUUUUUGGAUUGCUCAUCCAGGUGGUCCAGCAAUAUUGGACCAGGUAGAAGCCAAGUUAGCACUGAAGCCAGAGAAGCUACGAGCCACAAGGCACGUUCUUUCAGAGUAUGGUAACAUGUCAAGUGCUUGUGUUUUAUUCAUUUUGGAUGAGAUGAGGAAGAAAUCAAGGGAAGAUGGACUUCAGACCACAGGAGAAGGACUGGAGUGGGGAGUGCUCUUUGGGUUCGGACCUGGCCUCACUGUUGAGACUGUUGUGCUCCAUAGUGUUGCUGCUUAAAGUUAAACAAACAUGCCUUUUAAGUAAUUGGUCGUGCUCCACCUGGCUUGCAGUUUUAUCUUCUUCUUUUUUCCUUUUUUAGAUUAUUUAAAUCCUAUGAAUUUGUGUGUUUAUUGUUAAAGACUAGAAGACUUUGCUGGUGUGGGCGGGAAGCUUAACGCCUAUUCAAUUCAUGUACCAACUUAUAUUAAAUUUAUGGCAAUAAUAAGUUCCUUUGCAAA